GGACCGCCGCGGCCGGCCAGACGGGCAGGGAUGGCAGCGGGGGCGGCCGACGCGGGGUCGGGGGUCGCUAUCCCCGUAGAGCUGCGGCGCGAGCGGCGCAUGGUAUGCGUGGAGUACCCGGGCGUGGUGCGCGACGUGUCCAAGAUGCUGCCGACCCUGGGCGGCGAGGAAGGCGUCUCCCGGAUCUAUGCAGACCCUACCAAGAGGCUGGAGCUGUACUUCCGGCCCGAGGACCCCUACUGCCACCCUGUGUGUGCCAACCGCUUCAGUACCAGCAGCCUGCUGCUCCGGGUCCGGAGGAAGACGAGGCGGCAAAAGGGGGCGCCACCACCCGAUUCCCACCCUGAGGUCAUCUUCGACGUGGAGAUCCUUGGCAUUGUCUCCACCAUUUACAAAUUUCAAGGAAUGUCUGACUUCCAGUACUUGGCCGUGCACACAGAGGCGGGCGGCAGGCACAUGUCGAUGUAUGACAAAGUGCUCAUGCUCAAGCCUGAGAAGGAGGGCUUCUUCCACCAGGAGCUGCCGCUCUACAUCCCUCCACCCAUCUUCUCGAGGCUGGACACCCCAGUAGACUACUUCUAUCGACCAGAGACACAGCACCGGGAAGGCUACAACAACCCCCCUAUCUCAAGUGAGAACCUGAUUGGCCUGAGCAGGGCCCGGCGUCCCCACAACGCCAUCUUUGUCAACUUCGAGGAUGAUGAAGUGCCUGUGCAGCCACUGGAGGCUGCCGUCCAGACGUGGAGGAAGGUGUGCACCAACCCCGUGGACCGGAAGGUGGAGGAGGAGCUGAGGAAGCUGUUUGACAUCCGUCCCAUCUGGUCACGCAACGCCGUCAAGGCCAACAUCAGCGUCCACCCUGAUAAGCUCAAGGUCUUGCUGCCCUUCAUGGCCUAUUACAUGAUAACAGGCCCCUGGAGGAGCCUGUGGAUUCGGUAUGGGUACGAUCCCCGAAAACACCCGGAGGCCAAGAUGUAUCAGGUCCUUGACUUCCGAAUCCGCUGUGGGAUGAAAUACGGUUAUGCCCACAGUGACAUGCCUGUCAAGGCCAAGCGCAGCACCUACAACUACAGCUUCCCCGUCACCAUCAAAAAGACGCCCAGCCAGGUCGUCACCAUGCGUGAUCUAAAGCAGGGCCUGGGCCCAUCGGGGACCACCGGCACACGGAAACUGGCCUCCAACAAGUACAAGCUGAAGGACUCGGUCUACAUCUUCCGGGAGGGGGCCUUGCCGCCGUACCGACAGAUGUUCUACCAGUUAUGCGACCUGAGUGUGGAAGAGCUGCAGAAGAUCAUUCACCGCAAUGACGGGGCUGAGGAUUCCUGCACAGAAAGGGAUGGGUGGUGCCUCCCCAAGACCAGCGACGAACUGAGGAACGCUAUGACCCUGAUGAUCCGGCAAACCAUCCGCUCCAAGAGGCCUGCUCUCUUCUCUAGCCCGACCAAGGCUGACAGUGGUAAAGAGCAGCUGACGUAUGAGUCUGGGGAAGAUGAAGAGGAGGAUGAUGAAGAGGAGGAGGAAGAGGACUUCAAGCCAUCAGAUGGGAGUGAGAACGAGAUGGAGACGGAGAUUCUGGACUAUGUGUGACGCAGCCCCAGACCCAAGGCUGGGCCUGCCUGACCAGACAAGACUGGUGUCCAGCCUGAUGAGGGAGCCAGGACAAGCCAGGGCUCCCCAGUGUUCCCCACAGGAGCCAGAACGGCCCUAGGAGGCCCCUCUGACCCUGGAUGUCUGGGGACAUCCCCGAAGGUUGUGCCCUGGCUUCAUGCAGCCGUGAGCCAGCUCAGUGUCCAGCGGGCUGAGCCGAUGCCCGGCACCUCUCUCUGGCUGAGACCAGCAAAGCUGGAGGUGGAGAUGGUGCAGCUAGGGGAGGAGCUGGUCUUGGCUUUGGUCUCAUGACUGAUGGCAGGGAUAGCAUGAGGAGCCUGGUCUGUGGUUAUAGAUGGCGGAAGACUGUCCUUGGGUCGGUCUUCCCAUCCAUUUGGGGUAGACUGGCAAAGGCCAGGCCCAGCUGGAAUUGUUCUUAUUAAGUACAUUUUCCCAAGGAGUCUUGGUGUCUUAGUCAGGGUGUCGGAGCCAGAGGGGAGUUUCCUUUGCCUUGGGCUCCCACCAGACCAUCAUUUGUUCCUUCAGUCAUUCAUUCAGUGACCUCAUGCUGGGCGAUGCCCGGACAGUUGAGAACAGGCCUGCUGCCCCUCGCCAGGCAGGUCGGGUGAGGGCAACUGAAGUAACCUCAGGGCCCUGGUCCCGGAGGGUCCUGCAGCCUUGUGUUUAUCCCUUACUGCCCCAGAUGGGUGCGUGUCUGUCUGAUUUGCAGUGUCUGCCUCAUGUGACAUCGACAAGUGCAUUUGCCCUGACAGAAUGUGCUCCAGCUCAGAAAAACAUUUUUAAAAAGUAUUUGCCUAAGUUCUCUUUGCUAUUAAAUCAGUUGAGUUAGUUUU